AUGAUAAAAUCCGGUCGCACCAACGGCUGGCUGCACUCCCCCAUCUCGACCCUCCCCACAUGGGCGUCCUUCAAUGGCGUCAAACUGCACCCGGACAUCACCAUCGGGCCGCUCCCUGGCUUCGAAGAGCGCGGCUCGACUGUCGUUGCUACGGCCGACCUUUCCUCGGAUGGCAUCGAGGAGGGGCCUCUAAUGACGGUGCCGAGGGAGUUGAUAGUCUCGAGGGAGAACGUCGAGAAUGUUGCGAAGAGUGAUGCGGAUUUCCGGGCGGUGCUGGAGGCUGUGGGGGAGUUUGGUAGGACAUCCCGCGGCGCCAUCCUCCUAUUCCUCCUAAUGCAAACCACCAUCGCCAACCCCUCCAUCCCAAACAUCGGCGUCCUGAAUCCCCUCACAGAGUAUAUCAAAUUCCUGCCCGACGAAAACCUCCCCACUUUCUGGACCGAGUCCGAACUCGAGCUCCUCACCGGCACCACUCUCCGCCCCGCCGUGCGUGCGAAACUCGGUAGCUUACUCCGUGAGUUCGAGAGCGUGCGCAGCGCGACGAUGGGCGUGAGCUGGUGUCGUGAGCACUGGUGGGGCGAGUCGGCGCCUCCAUCUCCCUCCUCGCCUUCCCUGCCUUCCCUCGAUGACGUGGAUGAGGGAGAACGGGAGAGUAGGGCGGCAGUGACGUUCGACGACUGGAUGCGACUCGACGCGAUGUACCGCUCCCGGGCGCUGGAGUUCCCAGGCGUGGGGGAUUGCAUGGUGCCGUGCGUUGACAUGGCGAACCAUGCUGCGGGCGAGGAGACGGCGGCGGUGUAUGAGGUUGAUUCGGAUGGGAAUGCCGUAUUGAUUCUCCGGGAGGGAAGGGGGGUGCGGAAGGGCGGGGAGGUGAAUAUUACAUACGGCGACGCAAAAGGCGCAUGCGAAACACUCUUCUCCUACGGCUUCCUGCCCGCGCCCUCGCCGUCAUCACCAUCAGCGCUGUUCCUGCACCUCACGCUCCCUCCCGACGACCCGCUCCGCGCUGCGAAACUCGCCCUAGCGACGUCCGCUGGAAUCGCGCCGGGGGUUCUCAUCACUUCCUCCCCUACCCCGACCCCUACCUCGCCCUCGACCUCCACCUCCACGGAGAUGGAAACUAAGGAGGAGGAGGAGGAGCCACAGAGGAAGACAAAGUGGGAAAGCCCCUUCAUCUACCUCGCGCUGCUGAACGAAGAAGACGGGCUCACGUUCCGGCUCGCGCAGACGACGGACGGGGAAACCGAACUCGCGGCCUUCUUCAACGACACGCCGCUCACUGACGAGCUUCUCAACGGGCUCGAGGCGCGGCUCAGGGAGGAGGAGCUGUGGGAUGUGUAUCGGCUGCGUGCUGUUGUGAUGGUGGAGGAGAGGGUGGGCGAACAGUUGGAUGUGCUGAGGGGGGUUGAGGAGGCGUUGGCGGAGGAGGGGGGCGAGGUGGGAGGGGAUGUUAGGGAGGAGGUGAGGGAGUUGGCGGGGAGGUUGAGGGGAGUGGAGGGGGAGCUGCUGGAGAGGGCUGCGGGGGAUUUGGGGAGUGAGAAAUACGACUUGUUGCAGUCUGAGGUGGUACGGAGGUACCUUGGGUUAGGUGGCGACGACGACGACGACGACGACGAACAGGAGGAUUUCAGUUGA